CUCUCUCUCUCUCUCUCUCCUCCGCGAACCCUCGAAACCCACCCCUCGCCUCCGAUUCCAAACUCUCUCUCUCUCUCUCUCUCAACGCCAUUGUUGAGGUUCUUCGUUGCUCAUCGCGCGAUUAUUCGCCCUUUCGUGCUCUCCGUUUCUCGAGUCUCUGAGCAGUUAUGGAUCAGUGGAUAUCUCAAAUUGAACAAUGGAUUCGCCGACAGCCCGUUGAGCAGAUCUAUGUUGCUGUCGCUGUUCUGGCAUUAACAGUUGUACUCUUUGUCCUUUUCUCGUUGCUGAAAACCUCGAAAUCUAACACCAUGGUGCUUGCGGGGCUAAGUGGCAGCGGAAAAACUAUUCUCUUCUACCAGCUUCGUGAUGGAUCUCCACAUCAAGGUACUGUAACUUCAAUGGAACCAAAUGAUGGUACUUUCGUGCUGCAUUCUGAACUAGGAAAGAAGGGCAAAAUUAAACCCGUACAUUUAGUUGAUGUUCCUGGACAUUCAAGGCUCAAGCCCAAGCUUGAUGAAUUCUUGCCUAAUGCUGCUGGUCUCAUUUUUGUUGUGGAUGCUCUAGAUUUCUUGCCAAAUUGUCGGCCUGCUGCAGAGUACUUGUAUGAUAUUUUGACCAAGUCAAGUGUAGUGAAGAAGAGAAUCCCUGUCCUUAUUCUAUGUAACAAGACGGAUAAAGUAACAGCUCACUCUAAGGAGUUCAUUAGGAAACAAUUGGAGAAGGAAAUAGACAAGCUUCGCACUUCAAGGAAUGCAAUAUCUACUGCCGAUAUUAGUGAUGAGUUCAUGCUGGGGGUUCCUGGAGAACCUUUCACCUUCGAACAAUGCCGAAACAAGGUGACGGUGGCCGAGGCAUCAGGCCUCACUAGUGAGGUAUCACAGGUCGAGCAGUUCAUCAGAGAGCAUGUCAAGCCUUGAAAAGGGUUUGGUCUCUCUUUGCAAAGGGAGCGUUUCUGUACUCUAUGCUUUUAAGCAGCUUUUUACUACUGCUUUUGAAGUUUCUUGAUUGAUUGAGAUUCCUUGAGAAGUGUCGAGUAGUUAUGCUGGUCUUGGACGUUAGUGGUUAGACGUUUUCUUUCCAGUUUAUCAUGCUUUGCUGCCUAAUGUGUUAUGAGCUGAUUUUUUUUGUCAUUUUUGUUAUAUGUGGAGGCGGCAACCUAAUCUAGUGUGAACUAACAAAGAGAGAAUUUAGUACUAAAGUGGCUCAGGACGAAUUACUACGAUACGUGCAUUCAAAUGUAAUCUUCUGAUUGCUAGUGUCUGCAUUGAAUUGUCUUUCAUAACUGGUCUAAGAUUCUGGAGCACGCAAUGAUUGGUUUUUUAUCA